GAGGCCGCGGGGCGGGGCGGGCCGCUGCCCGGGAGUCCGAGCUCGCGCCCCCACCCCAGGCCAGCCCCAGAGGGGUCCCCGGCCCGAGCCGGAGGCCGGUGCUGCCCGGGUUCCCGUGCCCGCGCCGUGCCCUGAGUCCGAGUCCGGCCCGAGCCGCGGCGGCGCGGCAGGGACGUCGGGAGCCGCCCGUGGCCCCACCUCGCUGUCUGCUGCCUUGUCUCGGCCUCACCUGCUGGGACAGCCGCCACCAUGUUCUCGUGUGUGAAGCCCUACGAGGACCAGCACUACUCUGCCCUGAAGCGGGCCUGUCUGCGCAGGAAGGUGCUCUUCGAGGACCCCAACUUCCCGGCCACCGAUGACUCGCUGUACUAUAAGGGCACCCCAGGCCCCACGGUCAGGUGGAAGCGGCCCAAGGACAUAUGUGAGGACCCCCGCCUCUUUGUGGAUGGCAUCAGCUCCCACGACCUGCACCAGGGCCAAGUGGGCAACUGCUGGUUUGUGGCGGCCUGCUCGUCGCUUGCCUCCCGGGAGUCACUGUGGCAGAAGGUCAUCCCAGACUGGAAGGAGCAGGAGUGGGACCCCGAGAAACCCAAUGCCUAUGCGGGCAUCUUCCACUUCCACUUCUGGCGCUUUGGAGAGUGGGUGGACGUGGUCAUUGAUGACCGGCUGCCCACAGUCAACAACCAGCUCAUCUACUGCCACUCCAGCUCCCGCAACGAGUUCUGGUGUGCCCUGGUGGAGAAGGCCUACGCCAAGCUGGCGGGCUGUUACCAGGCCCUGGAUGGAGGCAACACGGCGGAUGCGUUGGUGGACUUCACAGGCGGCGUUUCCGAGCCCAUUGACCUGACUGAGGGCGGCUUCGCCAACGAUGAGGCCAAGAGGAACCAGCUCUUCGAGCGUGUGUUGAAGGUGCACAGCCGGGGAGGACUCAUCAGUGCCUCCAUCAAGGCAGUGACAGCAGCAGACAUGGAGGCCCGCCUGGCGUGUGGCCUGGUGAAGGGCCAUGCGUAUGCAGUCACUGAGGUGUGCAAGGUGCGCCUGGGCCACGGCCUGCUGGCCUUCUUCAAGUCGGAGAAGCUGGACAUGAUCCGCCUGCGUAACCCCUGGGGCGAGCGGGAAUGGAACGGGCCCUGGAGUGACACCUCGGAGGAGUGGCAGAAAGUGAGCAAGAGUGAGCGGGAAAAGAUGGGUGUGACCGUGCAGGAUGACGGGGAGUUCUGGAUGACCUUCGAGGACGUGUGCCGGCACUUCACUGACAUCAUCAAGUGCCGCUUGAUCAAUACCUCUUACCUGAGCGUCCACAAGACGUGGGAGGAGGCCCGGCUGCGGGGCGCCUGGACGCGGCACGAGGACCCCCAGAAGAACCGCAGUGGCGGCUGCAUCAAUCACAAGGACACCUUCUUUCAGAACCCACAAUACAUCUUUGAUGUCAAGAAGCCGGAAGAUGAAGUGCUGAUCUGCAUCCAGCAGCGGCCGAAACAGUCUACCCGCCGGGAUGGCAAGGGUGAAAAUCUGGCCAUUGGCUUUGACAUCUACAAGGUGGAGGAGAACCGCCGGUACCGCAUGCACGGCCUGCAGCACAGGGCCGCCAGCUCCAUCUACAUCAACUCUCGCAGUGUCUUCCUACGGACCGACCAGCCCGAGGGCCGCUUUGUCAUCAUCCCCACCACCUUCGAGCCGGGCCACACGGGCGAGUUCCUGCUUCGGGUCUUCACUGACGUGCCCUCCAACUGCCGGGAGCUGCGCCUGGACGAGCCCCCCCACUCCUGCUGGAGCUCCUUGUGCGGCUACCCCCAGCAGGUGACCCAGGUGCACGUCCUAGGGGCUGCUGGGCUCAAGGACUCCUCGACAGGGGCCAACUCUUACGUGAUCAUUAAGUGUGAGGGGGACAAAGUCCGCUCGGCCGUGCAGAAAGGUACCUCGACGCCCGAGUACAACGUGAAAGGCAUCUUCUACCGCAAGAAGCCAGGCCAGCCCAUCACAGUCCAGAUCUGGAACCACCGAGUCCUGAAGGACGAAUUCCUGGGCCAGGUGCACCUGAAGGCUGACCCCGAUAACCUCCAGGCCCUGCACACCCUGCACCUCCGGGACCGCAACAGCCGGCAGCCCAGUGACCUGCCCGGCACUGUUGCUGUGCGCAUCUUCAGCAGUGUCUCCCUCACGGCCAUCUGACACCUGCCCACCUGCCUGGCCUCCACAGUUUUACCAUCUGCAUGUCCCCAACCUGGCCAGGGACUAGCCUGGGAGCCAGGAUGCUGGGGGCCUCUUCCCAGCUUUUCCACUGACUUGCUGGGUGACCUGGGGAGGCCUCUGCCUUUCUCAGGGCCUCAGUGUCCCCAGGCCCCCGCAGCGUUCCCUUGUCAUGGAGGAGCCUUCCUUUGAGAUUGACAAUAGCUCUCCUUCCCCCAACUGUCACCACUGCGAAGGGACUCUAUCCGUUGAAAACAUUUCCCCAAGGCCCUGCUGUCUGCAGACGGACUGCCAAGAUGCCACUUGUUUACACGCAAUCUGCCACGUCCCCAAACCCCACCCUUGCCCCUUGUGUCCCGGGCCUGCCCCUGUGAACUAGACCUUGCUUUCUCUGUCACCGACACCUGGUUUUCCUAGCCACCUUGAAAGGACUCUCAGCUCUUGCUGGGUUCCUGCUUGGGCUGGAGUCAGGAAGAUGGGCAGGUGACAUAUGUUCAUCCUGUCCGCGUGCCCAUCCAUUUAUUUAUUCAACAGAGAUUUGCCAAAUGAAUGAACGUUGGUGGUGCCAGGCACCUCCCUGCCACUCUGGAGACCUGGCGUCUGUCCUGGACCUCACCCCUGCUCUCAGGUCCUCUCCGAGGCCGAAGCCCAGAUGCCCAGACGCCCAGAUUCCCAGAGGAGUUAUGGCCGCCAUCUCACCCCAGGCUCUGAUUUCAUUCCUAGCCUCAGUGAAGGCCCCUAGUGGGAUGGCGGCAGCGGUGGGGAGGAAGGGCAUCUUCCUGCCUCUGCUACCUUCAUGCCCGGAGGCGUGUGCCUGGUUUGGUGGGCCAGGAGGGUGUGGGGAGGCCUGGGGACCUGAAGGCCCCCUUCUGCUGCGAGACCUGGGAUUUUCCCGGGAGGAGGGACCCUGGGGUGGUGGUCUCAGGCCCAAGGGGCUCAGGUCACUUGUCGGGCUUGGCAGGAGACAGGCAAAUCCAUCACCUGACCAGAGGCCCCUCUCCCAACAUUCCCCGCCAGAAUGCAGCCUUCCUCUUGCUGCGGGACCAAAAUGUUCCUUGAGGCCUCAAUGUUUUAUAUUCUUUAUGUGUUACCGAUUUUAACCAGGGGCUUUUAAAGGAAAACUGAAAGCCUGAACCCCUUUUUUCAUCUUCCAACUCCAGCUCCUGCGGUCCUCUGAUUUUAUUUUGAUUCUGCAAGGGGAGGGAUGAGGAGAAAUCCUGCCUUCUCAGAGGAGGCCCACAGUGGGGUGAAGAAGAGGGUGUUUUCUACUUGGAUGUAUCAUCCCCUGGCCCCCCUGGGUUCUUGGUGAGUGUUGGCGCCACGACCUGCUUGGGUCUCUUCUGUGCCCUUCUCUGGCUCCAGCCCGGGCGACGUAAAUGAAAAGCCCAUGGGUUCAAGAACAGGAAUUCCUGUGGCCUUGCUGGGGAUUCCUUCUGGGCACCUGAAUGUUUGGCUCCGGAGCUGGCUGUUCGGCGCCGUGUCCCGGCUGAAGGUGCUGGAUUCUUGACCUCCCCUCCUCCAACCGGGCUGGCUCUGCUCGUGUGUCCUGGCGCCCGGCGCGUAAGGGGCUAGCACCUGAACAAUGAGGACAAGAGGAUUCCUUCUCGAAAAGCUGGGACUUCCCCUCCAGAGCCUGGGCCUGGGCCUGGGCCAGGACCACAGGAUCACGAGCAAGUCACUGAAACCUCCUGUGCCUCGAUUUCCCUUCUGCGAAGUUUGUCGGCACUCUUACUAACAAGUGCUGAAUAAGGGCAAAACCACACCCUUCAUGUAUCUCUGUAUGCGUGCACACUAUACACCGUGUAAUCACCCCUCAGUGUCUUUUCCAAGUGAAGACUCCCGACUUGGGGUGGAGAGGUGAGGGCCAGGUAAGCCGGCUUGGGGCCUCUGGGGCCGACACCUGGGUCUUUGCUCAGCCAUGCCCACCUGGGCUAGGGGCAAACCAGGACCAACCGGCAGGCCUGUGUGGGCUUCGGUCUGGGGAUUGGGCACUGCCUCCUCCCUCUGUCCACCCCCCCAAAAAAACCCCAGGAUUGGCACCCCUGCCCUUGCUUGCUGCCCCUCUGAGUGGGCCAGGCUGGCUCUUGGCUGUGCAAAGGUCCCUGGUCCCUGGGCAGGUGAGGAUGGAGUUCUUCCAGGCUGGGACUGGAGGGUUGGUGGGGAGAGCAAAUGCUCCGUUCCCCUGAUGCGCCCUUCAGCCCGUGGGGGCCUCAGAGUCCCCACUUGCCACUGGGCAGGGCUUCUGGUCAUACCACCUGGAUGUGGGCUUCACUCCCCUCGGCCAGCCGUGGGGUUAGAGAGGAGACCUGUUCUGUUCUCAGAAUAAACAUUAUACCA